AUGGCAAUCAUCGCCGCUGCGGGAGGUGAAAGUCGUGGUGGAGACGUGAAGGUGGUGCUCAUCGACACGCGUUACGUGGUGACCGAGCCCGAGAGCUUCAAGUCGGUGGUUCAGAGGCUCACGGGAAAGGAUUCCUGUGUUUCUUGGAUCCAAGAAGAGGCGUCUUUCACCGCCGCUACAAACCGAAAGAGGCCGACUACCUCCGCCGUCGUCGGCGGCAAUGGAAGUUCCGGAGAUGGGCGUUUUUCGAAAGGAAUGUCGUUCAAGGAAUUGGACCGGAUGAUGCUAGAGUUACCUGCGGCGGAGGAGCUGCGUCAAUUGUGGAGCCAAGUAUAA